AGGGCAGUUGAAGCUGUCCAUCCAGGCUAAGGACAAUGCUAUAACCGUACAUGUUAUGGAAGCCAAAGGAUUAAUGGGAAGAGAUUUUCGGACCUGUGACUCGUAUGUAAAGGUAUCACUGGUCCCAGACAUAGAAAGAAAGAGCAGACAGAAAACUAAAACAGUUGAAGACAAUAAGCAUCCUGUGUUUCACCAGCACUUUAUUUUUCCCUUGGAGAGGAGCGACCAUGAAAAGCGUAUCCUGGUCACGGUGUGGAACAGAGACAGACUUUCCAGGCAAAGCCAUCUCAUUGGCUGCAUGAGUUUUGGAAUGAGAUCCCUGCUUGCUGCUAACAAGGAAUUGUGUGGCUGGUAUUAUUUACUUGGUGAAGAUCUUGGAAGGACUAAACAUCUUAAAGUAGCGACAAGAAGACUGAGAAGGAACCCAGAAACUGCUGUAGAGAACCGAGCUGAAGUCUUUCGUUACAGAGGAAAUGAGCAAAAGACGUAUUUGUUUAUGAUUCCUCGAGGGAGUGACGGUUUUGGCUUUACAAUCUGCUGUGACUCCCCUGUGCGUGUCCAGUCAGUGGAUCCAGGAGGACCCGCGCACAGUGCCGGCUUGCAGCAGCUGGACACCAUACUGCAACUGAAUGGACAGGCCGUGGAGCACUGGAAAUGUGUGGAACUGGCGCAUGAGAUCAGGAAGUGCCAUGGAGAGAUUACACUUCUGGUAUGGCGAAUUGUCCCACAAAUAAAACCUGGGUUGGAGAGUAUGGUCCGAAGGUCAUCUUGUAAGUCCUCCUCCGAUCUCCAGUCCCAGCCUGCAAAGCGAGAGAAAACAACAAGCCGGUCUGUCCGAGCUGUGCAGCGGCAGAGCUGUCAUGUGAUGUACGAUGAAUCAGGGAGGCUGCUUCUGAACAACUGGGAGACGAAAAGUGAAGCAAAAAAAGGCCAGAAUACCCUUCCUUCAUUAUCACGCGCGUCCUCCACCACAGACGCCAACUACAUCAUCCUCGCACCUCUUAAUCCUGGAACACAGGUUUUGCGACCAGUUUAUCAGGAAAGUGAUGUAACAUCCGGAAAUGGAAGCAGAAGUAAAGCGAACAGUGACUUGGGAAGAAAAUCUACUUUGAUUAAAACGGUUCAGACUAUGCCCAGCUACGGGAAUUACCAGAACUGCACUAUCGUGAGGCCUCGCGUCCCGCAUUCCAGUUACGGCACAUACGUCACGCUUGCCCCCAAAGUUCUAGUCUUCCCCGUCUUUGUACAGCCUCUAGACCUGUGCAGCCCUGAUAGAACUCUGCUGUUAUCUGAAGAGUUAUUUCUACAGGAGAGCCGCAGCAAAACUAUCCAGGUGACGCUCUUUGUAUAUUCUGACGUUCUGCUCCUAACCAAGGAAGAUGAGCCAGGCCGCUGCAAUGUGCUGAGGAAUCCGCUCUAUCUAGAAAACGUCAGAUUACAAGAAGGUUCUUCAGAAGAUCUUAAAUUCUGCAUAAUCUAUUUAGCAGAGAAGUCGGAGUGCUUAUUGAGUUUAGAAUCCUACACUAAGGAUCAGAAGAAAAGGAUCUGCUUGUGUCUAGAGGAGAAUAUUCUCAAACAGCAGCAGCCGGCCACGCCUUCCACAGACUCACAGAUGCAAGAUCCAGAAGGUGAGCGUAAAAUGGAGAUGCCUUCUGUUGAGGAAAAUACAUUGGCCAAGGAGACAUGUACUGCAUCUCAGGAGAAUGUUACAUUAGACUCCCAAAACCAUAUAAGUGGACAGGAAGUAAAUAACGGAUCACUAACACAAGCUCUACAAGGAGCAAGCCGCCCAACCUUCAUUAUUCCAGAAGUACGGUUAGAAAGAAGCUUUAGUGCAGAGGAACUAGGAUCAACACAACUUAUGGGUUCUGAUGAGGAGGAAGAGGAGGAUGAUGAUGAUGAGGAAGAUGAUGACGACGACGAUGAUGAGGAUUAUGAGGAUGACAGCGAUGAUAAUUAUUUGGACCGAAAUGACCCUAAGCGAUCUAGCAUGAUAGAAACAUCUGGAUGUGAAAAGCAAUACACCUUAACCGUUCAAAACUCUCUCCGUCGGAGGACGCACAGUGAAGGGAGCCUUCUCCAGGAACCCAAAACCCAGAACUGCUUUACGUCUGACAACGCCUUGAAUUGCACGGAGAAUGAAAACACGAAGACCACUUGGUCUCUUCCAUCUCCAAUGACCAUCAAGAAAGAGCUUGCCAAGAAUGGUGGGUCUAUGCACCAGCUCUACAUGCUAUUCUCGGGGAACAAAAAACAAAGUGGCUCUGAUGUGGACGGUGACGAUGGCGAUGAAGUGGCAAAAAAGAAAAGGAGCAAAAACCUGGCGAAAGAUAUGAAGAAUCGUCUGGGCAUUUUCCGAAAGAGGAACGAGUCCCCUGGAAGGAACCAAGCUAGCAAGCUGGAUAAGGUGCUGAAGUCAGUCAGACCACCUGCAGAAGAUGCUAUGAAAUGGGGAGAAUCGUUUGAGAAGCUUCUCAUUCACAAAUAUGGGGUAGCAGCCUUUAGAGCCUUCCUACGCACAGAGUUCAGUGAGGAAAACCUAGACUUUUGGCUUGCCUGCGAGGACUACAAAAAGGUCAAAUCUCAGUCCAAGAUGACAUCAAAGGCCAAGAAAAUAUUCUCAGAAUACAUUGCCAUACAGUCGUGUAAAGAGGUGAAUCUGGAUUCAUACACACGGGAGCACACCAAAGAAAACUUGCAGAACAUAAACCGCACUUGCUUUGACCUUGCACAGAAACGGAUAUUCGGACUCAUGGAGAAAGAUUCCUACCCCAGAUUCCUCCGAUCUGAACUCUACUUAGACUUAAUAAAUCAGAAGAAAGCCAAUUCCAUAUUAUAGACUGUGCAAUUACUAUUAUUCUUUUUAUUUUGCUUAGAGAAACUGAGCUCAAAGUCGUCAUCUCUUUAACAGAAUGUUUGUCUUCAUAAUGUGGACAAACCUGCAGAAGAGACGGAAGUUAAUAGACUAGAUGAAAGGCUUCUCAGUCAUCCCGAAUAAUCAAGACCUGGGCAUAUCUGGAAUAACCAUCCCUAUGUUGUGACCCAAGCUGCCAAUAAGCUAUUCUUCUAUGAUUUUGGCAGAGAAGUAGGCUGCUUGCUAUACUACAAACGUAGGUAUAUCAGCAUCCGUUAGAGCGAGAUGCGUGACCACAGUGAAUGGAGACUCCUCAAACGAGUGUAGUCAACAGGCGCAAGAUUUUAUACGUUACUGUUUGUUUUAAAUAUGGCAGACCAGUAACUGGUUUGUUGUUGUAACAUAGAUGACUGACCCUGAAAUAUUCAGUCACUGGGAAAAAUAUUACUCACAAAAUGACAUAUAUUCUUCGUUUGCCAGUUUAUCCAAUGAGAUGCUUUAUUGAGGAAGGUGACAUUAAACAAGCAAAACCAACGUCAUCUGUGGAAGUCAAAUAUGGGACACAAUUACUUCUUGCACUGGUUUUAAAAAUAUAUAUAUAAUAAUUUUGUUCCGUACAUUGCUUAGGGAAUCCACUAUCUUCAGGUGCUCUGAUAUAAUGAAGCUACCGCACAUGCCCAGUGGCUCUGCUGUGCACUUUUCUCUACCGUAUGGCACAGUAGUGCUAAUAUAUAUAUAUAUAUAUAUAUAUAAUUUCCUAGGCAAAGCACAUUGGGAUUGCAAUUAGUGUAGUAUGGCAUAUUACUGGCUGUAUUACCCCAAGCCUAUACAUAGGCAGGAGUUGCAAUGGAUAUGUUUUCUUUGUGUUAUGCAAACAAACAAUAUGCAUUUUUUUAUUCAGUGCAAAUUGCUCCGAAUUCAGGACUGGGAGUGAUGCAUGAAACUUUUAUUUCACUUGUAUACUACUUUUAUUGCAAACGAUGAAGAGUAUGAAAGCAUUUCCAAUAUCUCUUGCAGCCUAUUCUCUCUCUCACUGGGCAGAACAUUGUCAGUCAACCUGAAUGGGCAGGAAGGUGUCAGUCAAUCAACCGUUGCAUACAGAACCAGAAAAAAAUGUAGUCAUUCUAUAUCUGCCUUAUUACAUUAUGCACAGAAAGGUAUCUGUAUAAUACCUGUACUAGACGUUUCAAUGUCAUACUGUCCUUUCUGGAGCUUUCCAAUCAUCCUAUGAAUACACCUUAUUUUAGAACAGAUGAAAACAAUUACAAUUUAAUGAUACAUCAAGGUCAGAGAGCCCAUUUUUAUCUACAACUGCAGGUCUUCAGAAAAUAAUAAACCUUGUUUUUUAUAGUCAUGGGAAAUAUAUACAUACAUAUUCAAACACUUACAUAUACACAGCUGGAAAUUUCCACUAGUCAUACACAAUUAAGAAAUUAUAAUUUUCCUGUAUUUAAAACAGUGGGCUAGUAACUUUCUUUUGAUUGACUAGCAAACUAUGGUAAUUAUGUAUUUUUUUCACACACAUAUACUAUAUAUAUAUAUAUAUAUAUAUAUAUAUAUAUAUAUAGUAUUACAGCAUGAAUUAGGAAUGCAAAUAUAAUGGGUUAAUAUCCCCAAAAGCAUUAUGGGCCACAACUUAAAUUUUACCCCAUAGUUUGGCACUUUUCUUUUGUCUAUAUGAAAGUAGUUCAAUAUUUUGCAGAUACUCUGAACAUUUUUCCAGCUUAAUUUAUUUUCUUACUGUAGCCAAAUGCUUGACGCAUUUUGUACCUUGCAAUACUUUGUCCUUGUUUGCAGGUGCAAUAUUUAAUAGCAUGUUCAAGUUGUUGUUUUAUUUUUUGUUUAUCUUUAGGAGAAAAAAAUCCUAAAUCAGGCUUCAUAUAAGUUUGUACAUAUUUUUUCUAAGUUUGAGAUGAUUUACAAAAUAAUGUGGAUUCUCUGGCAGCAGGCAGCUGGGGAAUCUUUGCGUGUAUAUAUUGUUUAUUAAAUGGACCUUUUGUUACAGCGAACAUGAAUCUGUAGCUUUAUGAAUCAAAAUUGCUUAUUUCCUUUCAGGACACAAACUGCUUUGAGUAGUUUGGUAAAUCAUGUAUAACAACUGUUUACAAAACAAAAUAUCUUUUAACCAAGCAAAAAAAUACAACCCGAUGUCAUGACAAUGGUUAAAUAAACUAUUUAAUUUUUAUUUA